AUGCAACCUGAGCUGGAGGCGCGCAAGCAGAGCCAGGUCGACGCAGAGCCGCAGCCGACCAGCCUGGCCGACCUCAAGAAGCUGCCCCAGGGCUACUCGGCCAAGUCCGGCGCCGUCGUCCGCGCCGCCAAGGCCAUCCUCAACGCCAACCCUGCAGACAAAAUUCUCGUUUUCUCCGCCUGGACCAGCAUGCUGGACGUGCUGCAGAGGGCGUUGACCGAAAACAACAUUUCCUGCGCUCAGGUAGGCUCCGGAAAGAAGUUCCAGGAGGCUAUCGACCUCUUCAAGGACGCGCAGAAGAAGGUGACGGUGCUGCUGCUUCCCGUCGCUCGGGGUUCCAAGGGUCUGAACCUGACGGAGGCGCGGCACGUCUUCCUCAUCGAGCCGAUCCUGAACCCUGCGAGCGAGCUGCAGGCCUUGGGACGCGUCCACCGCAUCGGCCAGGACAAGGAGACCGAGGUGCACCGCUUCCUGGUGAGAGGCACGGUGGAAGAGCGUCUGCACGCCGUCCUGAGCCACGCCAAAGGCCAGGAGGAGCUGCUGACCCUUAGGGACCUAUACGACAUGUUUGCCUCGCGAAACUCGGCAAACCCUGCCACUGAAACAGAACCUGAGGAGCAAGACCAGCUCAACUGA